UAGGUCGCUUCUUACGAUCUACCGUUGUCGUGGUGUAGUAUACAUAGGCGCUGGUCUCCCUUGUCGAAAAGAUCAUCGCCAACGUCUCCUCAACGCUGACAAGAUGGGUCUCGCAACCACAGUCUUCUCUGCGGUCUUCCUUGCCACCGGAGGUUUCCUCUUCGGUUACGAUAGUGGUAUCAUCACAUCUACCAUUGCACUCCAAACUUUCAAGGACUACUUCAACACUCCUAAUGACACCACCACUGGUGGCAUUGUGUCCGCCUUCCAGGGCGGAGCUAUUGCCGGAACCAUAUUCAACAUGCUCUUCGCUCACAAGAUGGGUCGCCGCUGGACCAUCAUGGUUGGCGCUCUGAUUUCGGUCUUUGGCAGUGCUCUCCAGGCUGGUGCCGUCAACAUGGCGAUGCUCAUCGUUGGCCGCUUCAUCGGAGGUGUCGCAGUUGGCCAACUCACAUCCACCAUUCCUCUGUAUGCUGCAGAGCUUUCGGAAGCCAAGCAUCGUGGCGUGCUCUCUGGUCUCCUGCAGUGGAUGUUGAGUUGGGGUUUUUUCGUAGCCCAGUGGUUGGGCUACGGUUGUUCUUCAAACUCCACCCAGUUCUCCUGGCGCUUCCCGCUUGCCUUCCAGUGCUUCCCUGGUCUGAUCCUCAUCACCGGUAUCUUCUUCCUCCAGGAGUCACCACGAUGGCUCAUGGAGAGGGACCGCCACGAAGAAGCCAUGGCCUCGCUCCAGAAGCUCCGCAGGGGUUACGACUCUGAGAUCAUCGAUCUUGAAUACCGAGAGAUUCGCGAUGUUAUUGCGGCUGACCGGGCACUCGGCAACAUUACCGUACUUUCGAUUCUUACCAAACCUUCCUGGCGCAAGCGACUGCUUCUUGGAUGCGGUGUCCAGGCCUUCGGUCCUCUUUCUGGCAUCAAUGUUAUCAACUACUACGGUCCUCGCAUCUAUAACAUCCUUGGUAUCUCGACGCGCGAGUCUCUCCUGAUCAUUGGCAUUAGCGGAGCUUUGUCUAUUGUGUGGUGCACAAUUGGUCUCGCCAUCCUGGAUAGGUUCGGUCGCAUCAAGCCUCUGCUCAUCUCUGCCGCCUGUCUUGCUGCUGCUCUCCUUGUCAAUGCCGUACAAGGACAGUACUUUAACCCCAACAACGGCGCACAGUUGCGCAGCAUGGUGGCUAUGAACUUCGCGUUCUCGUUCUUCUACACUCCACUCGGUAUCAUCUCUUGGGUGUAUCCCGCAGAAAUUUUCCCCGUCGAAGUCCGAGCCCUGGGUAACGCCAUCACCACCUUCACUAACUGGGCUGUCAACUUGAUUUUCGCCCAAUUCUCCCCUCAGGCGCUUACCGCGAUUGAGUUUCAGUACUUCUACGUCUUCUUCGUGUUCAACAUCAUCGCAUUCCUGUGCUACUGGUUCUUCUUCCCAGAGACCAAAGGAAAGACACUUGAGCAAAUGGAUGAGCUCUUCGGCGAUCAGCUUGUGCCUCACGCUAUGCAAGAUCCUGCCGCAGCAGCCGCCGCCAUGGAGAAGGACGAGAAGCUCCACGCUGAGGUGCGCAACGAGUCUAUCGUCGGAGUUUGAGAUUGACGUGGCAACGAAAUUGAAUGUAAUGUUAGGGCAAC